ACAGGCUCGCAUCGCCGUGUAAGCAGCGCGAAUUUCGCGUUCUGCUGCGGUGUUGUGGUUCGCUCCUUGUUUUUUUGUACGUGUUUGGGAUGUUUGAGUUGCCCAUAUUCCGGUGGGCCAUGGCUUGAUUAGAGUUGUCGCCCAGCUGCUGGUGUUACCGCACCGCAUCUAGAGCAAAGGCUGUAUCCAGUGCCACUAUCGCAUGGUCCUGCGCGACGGAGCACUCCCAGUAGUCCAGCCGGCGCGUUGGGUACUACUGGCCUUGAAAGAGCAGCUUCGAGAUGAGCUGGAGUGCAUGGAACUGGAAGGCAUAAUCACGAAGGUGACUGAGCCUACUGAAUGGGCCUCACAAAAGCGAUGAGCCUAGGAAUUGCUGUUGCCGAAGCAUCAUGCCACAGUGCUCUCGAGGUCGGUCAGGUCAAUGUUGCCGUGCAGUGCUGCUUGCCUGUGGCUGACAAGUCUGUCGGGUGCUCCUUUGAAGCAGGGAGCGAGUCAAGGAGUGUGAAGGCUACACAGACUGUGCGCCGGUCAAGCUUCACGUCAGCAUCAAGGCCUUCUGUAUUGUCAUCAACAGCUGAGGGUGACAACUCGCACCAGGGACUCCGCCACCGCUGUCACCUCUGUGACUAUGAGACUGAUAAGGCUUAUGUGCUGAAAUUGCACAUCAGGGUCCAUACUGGCGAGCGACCAUUUAAAUGUGAUUUGUGCCCUCGGAAGUUCUCGGAAAGGUACAGGCUGAAGGUGCAUUUGCGCACCCACACAGGCGAGAAGCCAUUCCAGUGCCCUUCUUGCCCUCAGAAGUUCUCGCAUAAGUCCAGCUUGCGAAGACAUCUGCGCAUCCACACAGCAUCAAGGCCUUCUAUAUCUACGUCAACAGCCAAGGGUGACAACUCACAUCAGAGACUCCGCCACCGCUGUCACCUCUGUAACUAUGAGACUGAUGAGGGUUAUCUGCUGAAAUUACACACCAGGGUCCAUACUGGUGAACGUCCCUUUAAAUGUGAUUUGUGCCCUAGGAGAUUCUCAGUAAGGUACAAGCUGAAGAUACACCUGCGUACCCACACAGGCGAGAAGCCAUUUCAGUGCCCUUCGUGCCCUCGGAGCUUCUCACAUAGGCUCAGCUUGCGGAGACAUGUACCCAUCCACACAGGUGAGAAGCCAUUUAAGUGCCCGUCAUGCCCCGAGAGCUUCUCGCAAAGGUACAAACUGAACAAGCACUUGCAAACCCACUUGGGCCAGAAGUCAUUUCACUGCCCUUCAUGCCCUCAGAGCUUCACACAACCGUCCAAACUGAAGGAACAUCUACGCAGUCACACCAGCGAGAAGCGAUUUCAGUGCCCUUCAUGCCCUCGGAGCUUCUCGUGCAAGUAUAACAUGAAUCGACACCUGCGCACCCACACAGGCGAGAAGUCAUUUCAAUGCCCGCUGUGCCCUCAGAACUUCCAACAGAGCUCCAAGCUGAAGGAACACCUCUGCACCCACACAGCAUUGGCUGAAGGUGACAACUCGCAGCCGGGACACCGCUUCCGCUGUCACCUCUGCGACUAUGAGACUGACAAGACUUCUCAUUGGGAUGCACACAUCAGGGUCCAUACUGGCGAGCGUCCUUUUAAGUGCCAUAUUUGCCCUCGGAGCUACAAACAACGGAUCAACCUAACCAUACACCAACGCAUUCACACGGGCGAGAAGCCGUUUCAGUGCCCUUCAUGCCCUCAGAGAUUUUCAUAUAAGCCCCUACUCAAGAAACACAUGAGCGUCCACACGGGUGAACGGCCAUUCCAAUGCCCAUCAUGCCCUCAGACCUUCUCACUGAAGUAUGCCAUGAAGCAGCACCAACGUAUUCACACAGGUGACUUACCGUACUGCUGCGACGUCUGCUCCAAGUCAUUUAUGAGGGCUGAUUACUUGAGGAAACAUAAAAGAAAGCACCAUGAUACCAUAAAGUAGUUCAACAGCCGCGUUGAACUAGAGUGAAUUAGGGAUUUGCAUACACGUGAAGCACGCUGAAUGGUGUACUCCUGCAUCAGGUAGCACAAGUGUCACCAUAUACUUUCAGAUGUUGAACUCCCAAGUCACUUCAAAUGAUGUUCCAUACUGAUCUAGAAAGUUGCAGGGACGUUUGUAGUAAUAAUAUUGCAGUGUAUUACAGUGUCAUGGUACAGUCCAACCUGUUUAUAACGAACUUGAGUUCCAUGAAAAGUAGUUCUAUCAGUAGUUCGUUAUAUGUGGACUUGCCCUUCAAAACGCAAAAAAAUUUACACUGUUGCUGGUGUCGGCAGUUAUAAUUGGACACCAUUGUGCUCUUACAUAUCUACCACAUCUUACACAUUACUCUUACUUUAUCUAGCUGCAAGCUUAUGUUAAAAACGUAAUCUAAAGAAAGAAAUGCGGUGGCCUGGCCCCUUCGAAACGGCGCUCAGCUCAUUCUGAUCGCCUGCCGUUUUGAAAUUAUGACUGAACUUGCUGCCAACUUUUCUUCAAGAGCUUGUGAUAUGUUUUACUGCAAAUAGAUUCUGUGUACGAUACUGAAGUGUUCCAGCUGCCUGGAUGUGGAAAGUAAUGUGGAAUGCCGGCAUUUUGCAAAGAUGUUGCGUUGUGGCACCGACAUCGGCCACACACGCGCCGAGAGCUACGAAGUUACAUUUUUAUGUCGCUUUGACUGAAAAAGUGCGAACUUCGAAAGGUCGAACACCAUUGUAAACCAUUAUCAGCAAGAAUGUAAAUGAAGCACCGAUGAACCACCUACUGGCAGUGGCAGGUCAUGCCGCAUUCAAGCCAACUUGGAAAUAUCAAUAGGAACGCUUGAGGAGCGGCUCUUGGUUCAAAUUGGUCCAAGUAGCGUGCAUAACAUAGUGAACGUGGUGCCGUACCGAUAACAGUGCAAGAAUGAGAGUACCGCUGCUGUGGCUUCCGAAGAUUGCGCGCGCACACGGUCAACUCCAUGCUGGUGUACCGCCGUCAUUGCCUCCGAGAUUGGAGGUCACGGACACAGUACGCCGUACUGCUUUGCCCGGAAGCACACUGAGGCAUGCCUUAAGGGCACGGUUGCCUUACCAUGGUUGAAAGUGAGUGACUUUCCUCUCUGCUUCUGAAACCUGCGCACAGCACUCACUCAUCUCGGAUCUUCAUUGCAGUCAGACUGGAGCUGGGGAGGGAGGGUGGCCGCUGCUGUGCACCCAGUUUGAUCAUACUUGCGUGCUUCAGAACUUCAUGUGUGCCCUCCUUUUAAGACCUUAUUUCAAGUGUUCGUUGUAACAGCACGACACUUUUGAACAUGUUUUGUUAUAUGUGGACGCAGUUUCAAUAGGCAGGGUCAGAAAAUUGUAAAUGCCAUGAAAUUAGUGAAUAUAACCGAUAGAUGAUAUAGAUCAAUAGAUACCUGUGAUCGUUAUAAGUGGGUUCGAUUACAGUUGAACCCGACUAUAUCGAACCCGUUUACAUCGAAUUAUUCUAUAUAUUGAACAAUUUCUGGACACGGUAUAGUUACGAUGAGUAUAUAUAGCAAAAAUUACGCUUACAUCGAACAAAAAAAGCAGCGACUCCCGAUAUAUCGAACGUCAAGCGGCAGAAAGUGCCCCCGGAAGGUGGCUUUCUCUCGCGGUGGCAGGAAAACCCGGCGGCGCCGCUCCAUCCAACCGCUCUCCCUACCGUGACCGCCCUGCCUCGGACAAGCCGUUGACAACCCCUUGCGAAAAAUUAUCCUGGCCCGCCCGCAGCGCUUGCUCAGACAGCCAACCAGAGGCUCUUGUGCCCUCAUCGUGCAAGAUGGCGGAAGUGCGAGUUGUCUCACUGCUUUCCUGGUUUAUUGCAUGUUCAUUGUGUGUGCGCCAAGUAGGCCUUCUCCUGCAGUGUUGCCGUGAUGAAGCGGCAGAAUUCGGCUUUCGUCGUGAAGCUCGAAAUCAUAAAUAGGAUUGAACAUGGUGAGAAGUCGGAUGUCCCAUCAGCAUACAAAAUUCCGAGGAGCAUUCUCAGCACGAUCUUGAAGGGGGGGAUUACUGCUAAAGCUGCCAAACUCGCGACCUGGUGCCCGUGGCGCCCGACGCGUACACACGGCCGUGUGCGAGUGGUUCAUCCGAAAUUGCUUCAGCCGUGCCAACUUUCGCAUGCUUGGUGAUGACUAAAUUCUGAUGAAUGCGACAUGAAUGCAACGAAGCCAUUGCCAACGUUGCCGAAGUUUGGAGCGAGCUGUCAUAAUUUCCGGAAGCUGUUGACGAAUCAAUGGUGGACGAGUUUGUGAGCGCAAAUGAUGGUGUCGCGACCACAGGAGAGCCCGAAAACGAAGACUACAUUGCCGACAUCGUACCGAGCACAAGUGAAAGUGGGCACAAUGAGGAAAGCAACGACGGUCCUCGGCCCACAUCCUCCGAAGUGAUUGGUGCGCUCGCACUAGUCGGUGCUUCUGCGCAAAUGCGGAAGGUUGCGGCCUCAGCUGCUCCGACGCUUUAGACAAUGUGGAAAAGUGCGUGCGUCGUAGGCAGCGAAAUUGCCCAAGCAGAAGAAAAUGCAGGACUAUUUCAUGCGAAACUAAGCUAGUUUCACCAAUAAAAUGAUUUUAUAAAUGGUAUGUGCUUUUAUGACAUCCAAUUAAUUAGCAGGCUUAUAUAGAAUUAUGCUCUAUAUUGAACUGAUAGGCGUUUUUUUGCGAGUUCGAUAUAGCCAGGUUCGACUAUAUAUUCUUUCAUGCAAAGGCACAACAACGAAAUGCUCACUCCUCAGAUUUACUUUCAAAAGACUCAGUGUGCGCAAUAAUGUUCCCAAUCGUGAUAAAUUUUGAUAUCAAAUGUGUUACUCAAAUAUAUAUAUUGGUGUUCUCAACACGCUGCUGCCUAUUUGAAGUUUCACACAUAUGAAGAAAAUGGACACUGAAGGCAGAGAAAACAUGGAGAAAAAUGAUUGUGGUGUUUAAUUCAAAUAGUGAGGAAAAAAGUGAGAAGAUAACUUGGCGCAGGUGGGACCACAUCUUCCAGAUUUUGUGUGGUACUUUACUAGUUGGGGCUUUUGGUAGAUUAAUUGCCGAGUCCUCCAGGUAAUUGAGCCAUCCUCGCCUACUUGUAUUUGCAUAUGUGGACAAGAUUAUAAUGUAUGUGUGCAAGGGUAUGAGGAUAUUUCGUUAUUACUCUACUAUAACUAUCAGUUAAAGGGGCCCUGAACCACCCCUCGGGCCGGGUGAAAUAACAUAGUCCACAGGUGCUGUGAAUAUCUCAGCCAAGUUUUACUGUCAUACACAGUGCAUGGAGCUCGUAAGCGGACUGCAAAGUCACCUUUCUCUCAGACGCUCUUUUCAACAGAAGGCCCUGCCCUCACUCUUUUCUAGACGCACUAUUUUGUCAUUCCCCUAGGCGGCUGUUAUUGGCCGAUAGCUGACAUCAAGCUGUGGCGGCUACAUGGCGUUAAUACUGCCGCCGCCGCGAGGUGCCGCCACAAGUCUACUGGCUAAGCGCACUGCGACUCGCUGAGGACAACCGCGUUUGGCUUUUGUUUAGUGCAUCGUAGGCACUAAAGGCAGAUGCUGUGGCGUCUACGUUAACAUCCAAAAUGAAAUUUGAACUGCACACCACGGCACCGUAUAGAAGGCUGUGGGUACGCCCCAGUGCGCCGUAGCCUUCGCAGUGCAAGGCAUUGAAGAAGGAACGGGCGCACAGUGGAGGCCGUGUUUGAUUGCCAAUAACUCCGUUUCUGCUGAACGCAUUGAAGUACUUUUUGCGACAAGGUAUUUCUGAAAUAGCGUAUUUUCACUUCGAAUGCCUUUCUCCACUAAGAUAAAAAGUGGUUGAGGGCCCCUUUAAGAGUUAGACGUGGAUAAGGCACAGUGCAAUUAGGCAGCUUUUGCUUACUUUUUUAGCAAUACAGUCACCGACUGAUUUUUCAGACUCCAAAAAUUCAGACAUGCUCGAUUAUUCGGUCUGCUUCGCGGCACCGCCAUUCUCCCCAUAGACCAUAAUGUAUGACAACUGCCGAAAGUUCGUACACCUUAAAACCUCUCGUCUGAUUUUUUGGACACUCCUUGAGCCAAGUCGAUCGAGAGCACCAUGCACCGACUCUGACCGGGGCAUGGUUCGGCUUGCUGAAUGCCAUUUUUGUUUUGAACAGAGCCUCCUUGCUGCCCCACGAAGUGGCGCUACUGCAAAUCCCCGCUCAUCAUCAUCGUUUCUGCCUGGUUCAAUAGAGUGGCUACAGCAGUUCCGGUCUCAGCUUAGUAAGCCAAGUCAAGAGAAUCCAGCAGCUGAUUUGUUUCUUUCUUCGUGCAUGACGCUGCGAGCAGGCCACGUUUUUCGUUUGUGCGACCGGUAUCGGCAUGACGGCGUGGUGGUGUUUGCUUUGUGUGCUGUGUCGAGGUUGCGGUAAUCCAACGCGGCAUACGGAAACAUCGCGUCAAGUGUCUAAUGGCGCCGACAGUACCCGCGCAGACUGCGCUGGGGAAUGCCAGCAAGCAGGUGCCGGGAGGCCUAGGAUUUGUUGCAUUCCGAUGAGCUCCCUACUGACGCCGAAAAUGUUCUGCCGAGACCUGUGCAGUGGUUGCAUUGCGAUUCCGGACAUUGUCUCAUUUGAUUUCAUAGGUGCUGUACUGAAAUGCGCAGAACUCGACGACGGCGAGAUCAUUUGUCAGGUUUCUGCUCCACCGCCGGACGUUGACUCUGAGUCAGAAGAUGACUCACCAUGUCCUACGCUGCCGUUGCAUGCGGAGCGUGUACAAGCAGUGACUGUGUUUUCAGCUGCCUAUAGUGACCGUACGACCCUCUCCGAGAUUCAGGCUUAUCUGAUUGCACGUAAACGGAACAGUGUGCAACGGCGCAUUCAUGAUUUCUUCAAGCCUACUGCCGAGACCGAAGAAGUGCGUGGAAAUGAAGGAUUUCUACUUCUUUUUUUUUUUUUUUUUUGCUUAAUCUGCUUUUUCAGACACCUGUUUAUUCGGACAUUUCCGCAGUCCCCAUGAGGUCCAAAUAAACGGUCGGUGACUGUAGUUUCAUCAACGUGGCCAGUCAGCUUACUUAAGCUGUAAUGAGUGCAUGUCCAAGAUCCCUGCUUAUCAAUAUAACAUAUUUGCCUAUCAAGAAAUUUCUGCCCAAGAGAUUAUUAAUAUUUAAAGGCCAAUGAAGUGAAAACAGCCGGAAUGAUCAAUCAGUAAACAUCAUAAACAUCAAAUUUUUAUGCAUUCCACUAAUAUCUUAAUCUUGCUCUUCUCCUAGGUUUUUAUCCAGAGCUGCUGAAUAUAGUGUGUAAUCGUCUUGUAGGGGGAUCCAAAAUAUUUAUCAAAGUACUGUCUUAUUACUAUCUUGUAAUUCACAAACACGUUUUUGUGUUUGUAAUACGUAAUGGAAUAAUUGUAGCAUAACAAGGGUUGCUGCUGGGAUAGUUAGUUCAUAGUAGUAUGUUGUAAAAUUUAGAAAAGUGCAAAAAAGGACAUGGACAAGACUGAACAACACAACCGCUUGUGUUGUUUAAUUUUAGAAUUGUAGCAGUUCUUGAGAAGCAUAAAUAUAAUCUACAAAGGAACAUCUAUUUAUUUAUUUAUGUUCAAUACUGCUGCUUCUGUUUGAGAGCAUCGCGGGUGGUCAGUACUGUGUUACAAGGCAAGUAAUUUAAGCAAUAAAGAAAGAAAGGCAAACGUAAUUAGUUAUUCCAUUUGGAAGGAACAAGAACACUUCACAACUCAAGCUAGGCAGAAACAACGAAAAAAAAAGCCAGUGAAACUUAAUCAUAUAACACAGCUUUAGAGAAAUAAUAAAUGCAUUAGUUAGCACAAGUAAAUCACUGGGUAAAGAAAAAAAAGAAUAAUGCAGAGCAGGAAGCAGUUUGUACAUUUAGGUAAAAAGUGGCUUACUAUAACUGCACAAUGAAACAAGCUGCACCACUGAGAUAGUCUGACUGUGCCAGCUACACAGCGAUCAUGUAGUACGCACACUUUCUGGAGUAUCCUGUGUAUGUGAACAAGCUGCUUAUAUUCUUUCUAAUGCUUUCUAUGGUUUUGAAAUAUGUCUCUUCAGUUUAAUGCAUUAUAAUGCUUAUUAUUACACUGCAGAUGUCCGAAUGAUAUGCUUUGCCAAGUUCCGUUAUGAAAUGCUGAGUUUACUACGUGUUUCUCUGUGUAGUGUCUUUCUAUAUACACUCGAACUUUGAUAUAAUGAAUAUCUAAUAACAUAUUUUCUGACAUGAUGGAGUAAAUAUGAAAUUUGGUUGGUAAUGAUUCAUUUCAGUGAAGUUUCUCCUGCUUUAACAAAAUAAAGAAAUGCGGGAUCUAUCAUGGUUUUCGUUGUAGCAAAGGAAAUUUUUGUUUGCACAUUGCCUUAAGAUAUAUUCUGGCAGCAAAAAUGUCAAAUACAGUCACCGGUUGAUUUCUUGGACCUGAA